AUAAGUGAUCAUACAAAGCCAGUGCUACAUGCAUGGCAACUUAACAGCCAACAACCAGUUCUGGCAAAAGGUGUACGAUUAGUGUGUCCUGGAUGUGUCACUUCAGUGGCUGUUUCUCCUGAUGGUUGUUAUUGUGUGACUGCAGUUGCUGAGAAGCUGCAUGUGUGGCAGAUAGCUUCAGGUCGUCAUCUUGCAGUGGCUGUACGCCACUUUCAGUCAAUAAGUUGUGUUCGUUUUACUGAUGAUGGUUCACACUUUGUGUCAGGUGGAGAAGACGGACUUGUACUUGUUUGGUCACUAGCUUAUUUAGUAUCAAAUAAUGCAGGUGAAAUGAUUUCAGGUCAAAAUGAACCUCGCCAUGUGUUCGCAGACCAUUCUCUGCCAGUGCGAGACUUAUAUGUGGGGCCUGGUGGCAUGAGGGCACGCCUUAUUUCUGUAUCAAUGGAUAGAACUUGCAAAUUGUAUGAUUUGGCUUCGGGAAAUCUUCUUUUGUCUGUUGUAUAUGAUUGUCUUUUGUCAGCAGUAACAAUGGAUACCACUGAGAUAGAAGUAUUUGUAGGUGGUAGUGACAGUAAUAUCUACCAGUUUGGAUUACAUUCCCCACCACGUAUGCAAGAAUAUCAUCUCUCAAAAGAAGAGAAGUCUAAAAAGUUUGCAGGGCAUACCAAGGCAGUGACAUGUUUAUCUGCAUCUGUUGAUGGUGUGACAUUGCUGUCUGGCUCGUUGGAUAGUGAAGUAAUGUUGUGGCAUAUUCCAAGCAGGCAGUGCAUGAAGGUUUUACAUCAUAAGGGUCCUGUCACAAAUGCAUUCUUCACCCUUGCACCAAAAUGCAUUUUCUCAGAAGAAAUGAAACCUACUCUUGUGUUACGUAGUUUUCAGAAGAGUUCAGAUCUAAAUGAAGAAGGAACU